AUGGACUCGACACUGAAGUGCCGGACCUGCGGCGCCGCGGGCGAAUGGAACUUUUCGAAAAACGACUUGGGCGAGAGUGUGUGCAAUCUGUGUGGGACGCAGAGCUUCCAACAAAGCCGCAAUGAGACACAGGACGACGACGAUGCGUUCACCUUUGGCGCCCGCACGAAACGCAUCCGCAGCGGUGGUCGACGUGAGCCCAAGCAGGCCAAGCUCAAGCGAAAGCGACAGCUCAUCACGCUUGACAACUGUCUCCAUGUGGUUCAAAGCAUGCUGCAUAUUCAAGCGCAAGCGUUGGCAAGACUUGUCCACGACCCCGAGUUGCCGGCCACGGUGCAGUCAUUGUGGUUCCACUUUCUGCGCAUGUGGGACGUGUCGGGGUCGCGGCCGCUGCUGAAUGUGUUUCUUGACUUUAGCAGUGCCCAAGCCGCAGACAGACAGCGCCUCGAAGACAGCGGGUACGAGACCGACUGGAACUUGCAUCUCAAAGGCACACAGGACGCCAAAGUGUUCUCCAAGUUCAGCUAUCGCCACCUCCUGGGACUGCUCUACUUGGCCUGCCGCGUGCGGCAACUGGGUGUGCUCACAAGUGACAUCUUCUUUUGGGUAUCGACCGGGCAGCUUCCAUUUGCCAACGUGCUCGCGCAGCUGCCGCCGGACCUCCAAGCCAGUGUCGACCCCGUGCGCGGGUACUUCAACGCGAAAACCAAACCCAACACUGUGUGUGCGUCCGUGGUUGCCCAGCACGCCACGUACCUCCACUACCACCUCGACUUGAAGCUGCCGCCGUUCAACAGCGGCCUCGCCUGUGUCAACCUGUGCCGGUCGUUUCAGUUUCCACCUGCAGUGUGGGUCCAUCACACGCAGCUCAUGGCCGAGUACUAUCGGCACUCGACUGCCCAAGUCAUGGACCCGCAGCAUCUGCACCAUCCGUACAUCCAGUGCGAAGUCGAUUUCAUCGGCGCGCUAGUCGCCGCGCUCAAGAUGACUCCUCGGUGGAACGUAUGGCAGUACAAUAACGUCCGUCCUCAGUACAACGCCCCACAAGUCGACGACAGGAGGACCCCUCUCAACCCGCUCCGACCCAACGACCUCCACGAGCCGCCGUCGUCAAUGGUAGUCUCGUGCUUCCCCGACGAUGGGACCCCCGUCCUGCGCAGCCACUUGCCCGCCCUGGUCGACCUCUGCCGCCAAAGUCUCGACGCUAAGAAGGCCCCCGUGAAGCUGCCGCGGGCGCUCGAGGCCCACGUGCAGGCCCUGGACCGUCUCGGCCGCGAUACGUCGGACAUGUCGGCGACGGCGGCGCUGAAUCCGGUGGCGGCGUUUGCACCGCAUUAUGACCGCGGGGUACCUGUGCCGGAUCCGACCACGGGGCGAUGGCCGUGUGAUGACGUGGCUGGAGAAGUAGGGGGCGAAGAAGGAGAUGACCAGUGCUGCUUUUAUCCGAUUUACCAGCAACAGCUGCGCACGUCUGGCCUGGGCGCGUGGCAUGCGCCGCUAGAGUACGUCGUGGACAUGCUGGCCAAGUACAUGGACGUGCCGCCGGGGGUUGUGAGGGACGCAAUAGAGACCAUCGAUCGCACGAUUAGCACUCGACAUGUGUUUUAAAUAUAGAAACGUUGUCACUGGUCGACUUGAACGACGGCUACCUGCGAUGCCGUUGUGGUGCCAACACUACUACUACUACUAGUAAUAGCCACAGUAGUAGUAGUACUAGCG